GCUACACCUUGUUCAACAUGUUUGAUGAUUUGAUUCUUCUGGCAAAAGGUGGUCUCACUGUAUACCAUGGAUCAGUAAGGAAAGUUGAAGCAUACUUUGCAGGACUUGGGAUUGAUGUCCCAGAGCGUGUUAAUCCUCCAGACUACUUCAUAGAUGUUUUGGAGGGGUUAAUUAAACCAAGCACAAGUUCGGGUUUAACUUAUAAAGAGCUUCCCAUCAGAUGGAUGCUUCAUAAUGGUUAUCCUGUACCCCCGGAUAUGCAACAGAAUUCUGCAGGACUCACUAUGUCCCCAGUGCCUGCAAAUCUAGAUCAUCCAGUAAUUGCUGCCACUGCUGAAAAUGAUGAUCAAUCCUUUGUCGGUGAAAUAUGGCAGGAUGUGAGGUGUAAUGUGGAGCAUCGGCGAGAUAUUAUAAGACACAAUUUCUUGAGGAAGAGGGACUUGUCCAACAGGAGGACUCCAGGUGUUCUCCUACAAUACAGAUACUUCCUUGGGAGGGUUGCUAAGCAACGGCUACGAGAAGCUAGAAUACAAGCAACAGACUAUCUCAUCUUAUUACUUGCUGGGGCAUGCUUAGGAUCAAUUACCAAAAUGAGCGAUGCGACCUUUGGUGCUCCUGGUUAUACUUACACAAUCAUCGCAGUUUCUCUUCUAUGCCAAAUUGCGGCUUUGAGAUCAUUUUCUCUGGACAAGAUUCACUAUUGGAGAGAAAGGGCUUCGGGCAUUAGCAACCUGGCUUAUUUUCUUUCCAAGGAUACGGUUGACCAUUUCAACACCGUGAUUAAACCUGUUGUGUAUCUCUCCAUGUUCUAUUGCUUAAGCAACCCCAGGUCCUCCUUCACUGAUAAUUACAUUAUCUUGCUUUGCCUUGUGUAUUGUGUGACUGGAAUCGCAUAUGCACUGGCCAUCUUUCUUGAACCUGGUUCAUCCCAGCUGUGCUCGGUGCUACUUCCUGUGGUUUUGACUCUCAUUGCAACGCAGACAAGUGAUAGUAAAUUCAUGAAGAAUUUAGCAAACUUGUGUUACACAAAAUGGGCCUUGGAAGCAUUUAUUAUUACAAAUGCAGAAAGGUAUUAUGGAGUGUGGCUGAUAACUCGUUGUGGUGCACUUCUGAAAAUGGGCUAUAAUCUUCAUGAUUGGGGUCUUUGUAUAUCUGUUCUUACCCUAACUGGUCUACUUAGUCGUGUAAUAGCAUUCUUUGGUAUGAUGAUCUUCCACAAGAAGUGACUUCAAACCACUAUUCUUUUGUCAUCCUCUUUUCAUGUACAAAAGCAGACACAUGCGAUUUUCAGCCGGUUUUAUCAGACAACCAUUCAAGUCUGGAUUGGUGUUAAGUCUCCCUUCUUGUAGUUUCUACGCUUACUUAUACGUUCCAAUGAAAAAUAUAAGGCCUUAGACGACGAUUUGUUUGGCAGCUGAUGUUGUAUUUUUGGGAUUUGACUUGGGCAGCUUUCAAGUUUUGAUGUUUUUCGCCGUAUAUUUUUGCACAUCUUGCUUUGCUGCAGUAAUACUUCUGUUUGAUAGGUAUAUUCCAACCUUUAAG